AGGCAAUGUACCAAUCUGUGGAUUCUGCAUGUUGAAGACUCUGAGCCACCACUUCCACCCACACAGCCUGCUGUAUAUCUAUGGGGCCAAGUGGAGCUCACCCAUGAUCCCUGAUUUCCAGGACAACCACCACUCAGUUCCACGGGAGCUACAACGCAGACUGGGAAACAUGGGUUCGAAGCUGCUUGAGUCCCGACUUUGUCUCCUGUUGAUGCUGGAACUUGUCCUAAUGCUUGCCUCAUGCCAGGGACAAACCCCUUGCGAGCGGUUUUCCACACAGUAUCUCACUAAUAGAGCCAGCCUCCGAUGUAAUGUUGAAAUGCUGCCUAUUAACACGCAUAGAAGAACAUGUAAGAACAAACAUACUUUUCUUCAUACAAGUCUUGCUAAUGCUGUUGAUGUGUGUGGCAAUCCAAGUGGCUUGUGCAGUGACAUGAAUAGUCUAAACUGUCAUAAUAGUUCAUCUCAGGUACCUAUAACUGUCUGUGAGCUCAUAAGUUGGGAAAGACAUUAUACCCAAUGCAGAUACCGAACAACAGGAUCAGUGGAGUACUACACAGUUGCCUGUAACCCCAGAACUCCAGAGGACAGUCCCAUUUAUCCAGUGGUUCCAGUUCACUUGGAUAAAACAUUUUAGCUCCAGUGCCAGCACUCUGUACCUUCGCUCAUCUGCUACUGCCAAGAUAACAGUAGUGAAGAACCAAUUCCUCUGUCUGCGCUUCAUAUCAGCACCUGUCUUCAUGAAACCUGUCCCUGACUCCCUUUAAUUUAGCUGAACAGAUCUUUUCUAAUUAAUAAACAC